AAUUGUGACAAACAAAUGUUUCGUAAUCGCCUGCUGCCACUGCAUCACAGCUUGCAACUGCCAUCAGCUACAUGCAACUGGACUCGUGGCAAGAGCAGCACCAGCACCGGCAGUUCCAAUGUAGCGCGACAAAGCAAAAUAUUGGGUAAACUGUUUGGUAAUCGCGUGGUGGGCACCAAAAGGCGCUGGUAUCCUAGCCAAGAUGUGAAUAGCAGCAGCAGCGGCGGCGGCAGCUAUCAGCCACCAAGCGUGGUCUUCCAGGCCUCACAGUUUGGUAAGAGCAACUCGCCUGGUGCCAAGCACAACACACGUCGCAUGUCCGUGCUGAAUAAACUGUUCAUGACGCACAUAACCGAUCUGUUGGCCACGGGCGAGGCAGCUGAGGCUAUACUGGGCCGAGGACUGCAAGUGUCGCGGAUAAAAAUCUCCUCGGACUUUAGUUGCAUUAAUGUCUACUGGCUGGGCAGCGGUGAGUUGCUUAAUGAUACCGCGCUGGAAGGUGAGCUGCAACGUUGCAGUGGUCUUCUACGUCACGAAUUGUCGCAGCUGCGGCUCAUGGGCGAGGUGCCUCGCAUCAAAUUCGUACGCGACAAGACUGGCAGCAAUAUCAACCAUGUAGAGGGCAUAUUGCGCACGCUGGAUCUAAAGCCAGCGGAGGAAGAGGCGGAAUCGAACGCACAGCAGUUGCAGUCCGACCCAAGCUUUAGCUAUGAUGUGGCCCAAACAGCCAGACAGGAGUUUUAUGGAAAUGCAGCAGCACCCGUAGCCACAACCGAGCUGCCUGAGAUGCGUCAUGAUGUGUUAGGUUUGGAUCAUCGCCGCAUUCUGGACAAGAUAUUAACUAAGAUGCGUAAAAGCAAGCAGGCCUGGGAACAGCAUGAGCAGCAGCUGCACCAGUCACAACAGCAUUGCGAACAGUUGGACUCCCCGGAACUGUUGCGAAUACAACAACAAGUGGACGAGCUAAAGGCCACAGAGACUUCCAACAAGUUUGCCACCUUUCUGGCGAAGCGCCGCGAACGCAAGCAGACGCCUGAACGCAAAAAAUAUCGGCGCGACCAGGAGGAUUGGACUGCAGGUAGCGCACUUAUAGACCAUGAUGAGUUGCAGUUGCUGUCGAAAGAACAAAGACAUCGCUACACCCAGGAGGACUACAUUGUUGAGGAAGAGAAAGACAAACCCAGCCAUCGUGGCUCUUAGUUCUAACUAGUGAUUGUUCCUGUUUAUAUCUGUUUUAAAUUGAAAAGCUGUAAAUAAAUGCUAUCUGAC